AUCUACAGCUGUGUGGAUGGGUCUAACCAACAUGGCGCUGCACACACACAGCUGACAGGCUCCACUCGCUGCACACACACAUGCUUUGAGAUCGCAGCUCAAACUAGUUUCACUUCUCAGGAAGUGAGACUCACACAGUCGCUGGCAGUGAAGGAGAAAUGGCGCAGAAAGGAGUUCUGGACCGGGAAACCUUGUGUUGUUCCAUCUGUCUGGAUCUACUGAAGGAUCCGGUGACGACUUCCUGUGGACACAGCUACUGCAAGAACUGUAUUCAAAGCUUCUGGGAUGGAGAGGACGAGAAGAGAAGCCACAGCUGCCCUCAGUGCAGGCAGACCUUCACACCGAGGCCUGUCCUGGUGAAGAGCACCAUGUUAGCAGCUGUAGUGGAGGAGCUGAAGAAGACUGGACUCCAAGCUGCUCCUGCUGAUCACUGCUAUGCUGGACCUGAAGAUGUGGGAUGUGAUGUCUGCACUGGGAGAAAACUGAAAGCCUUCAAGUCCUGUGUGCAGUGUGUGGCCUCUUACUGUGAGAAACACCUCCAGCCUCAUUAUGAUGCGGCUCCAUUAAAGAAACACAAGCUGGUGGAGCCCUCCCAGAAGCUCCAGGAGAACAUGUGCUCUCGUCACGAUGAGGUGAUGAAGAUGUUCUGCCGUACUGAUCAGCAGUGUAUCUGUUAUCUCUGCUCUCUGGAGGAACAUAAAGGCCACGACACAGUCUCAGCUGCAGCAGAAAGGACUGAGAGGCAGAGAGAGCUCGAGGGGAGUCGACUAAACAUCCAGCAGAGAAUCCAGGACGGAGAGAAAGAUGUGAAGCUGCUUCAGCAGAAGGUGGAGGUCAUCAAUCGCUCUGCUGACAGAGCAGUGGAGGACAGUGAGAAGAUGUUCACUCAGCUGAUCCGUCUCAUGCAGAAAAGAAGCUCUGAUGUGAAGCAGCAGCUCAGAUCGCAGCAGGAAAGUGAAGUGAGUCGAGUCAAAGAGCUUCAGGAGAAGCUGGAGCAGGAGAUCACUGAGCUGAAGAGGAAAGACGCUGAUCUGAAGCAGCUCGCACACACAGAGGACCACAACCAGUUUCUACACAACUACCCCUCACUGUCCCCACUCAGUGAGUCUACACUCUCCUCCAGCAUCAACAUCCCUCUCAGAUACUUUGAGGAAGUGACAGCGGCUGUGUCACAAGUCACAGAUGAACUCCAGGACGUUCUGAGAGAGAAGUGGACAAACAUCUCACAGACUGGGACUGAAGUGGAUGUUUCACUGUCAGCAGAGCCCAAGACCAGAGCUGGAUUCUUAAAGUAUUCACGUGACAUCACACUGGAUCCAAACACAGCACACACACAGCUGUUAUUAUCUGAGGGGGGCAGAAAAGUGACAGUAAUGAGUCAACAACAGUCUUAUUCUCGUCACACAGACAGAUUCACUGAAUAUCGUCAGGUGCUGAGUAGAGAGAGUCUGACUGGACGUAGUUACUGGGAGGUGGAGCGGAGCGGGGGGGGAGUUUAUGUAGCAGUCGCAUACAAGAACAUCAGCAGAGCAGGGGGGGGUGAUGAAUGUGCAUUUGGAUGUAAUGAUAAAUCCUGGGCGUUAUAUUGUAACAAUAACAGUUACACAUUUUAUUACAACAAAGUCCAAACUCCCGUCUCAGGUCCUGCGUCCUCCAGACUCGGAGUGUACCUGGAUCACAGAGCAGGUGUUCUGUCCUUCUACAGCGUCUCUGACACCAUGACUCUCCUGCACAGAGUCCACCACACAUUCUCUCAGCCGCUCUACGCUGGAGUUUAUUUAUAUUAUCCUCCUGGAUCCACUGCUGAGUUCUGUAAACUCAAGUAGACAGAAGUAAAUCUCUGGUUCUCCUUCAGGGAGUCUUCUUCUCUCAAUACUGCAGAACUUCUUCUGUGAAACACAUCGACACACUGCAGCAAGUAUUCAUGUGUUCAGUGAAGACGAGCUCUAAUGAACUCCUGCAUGAAGCAGCCAUGCCGGUGCUGGAGGUGACCUGCAGCCUGAUUGGCUGGUUCUGUCUCUACCUGUUGUUCUGCUGCACCUUCACUCGGCGGGGGCCCGAGUGGAGCUGCCGGCUCGUCACUUUGUCCCACGGGGUCGUCAUCGUGCUGCUGACUGCGUAC